AUGGCUGGACAUGUUGAUAAAAAACAAAAAAAUGGUACCUCUUUAGACUCUCUAAAACAGACUGGUACCGUGAUUGUAGCAGAUACAGGUGAUUUCGAAUCAAUAGAGCAGUACAAACCUCAGGAUUCAACUACGAAUCCAACUUUAAUCUUGCAAGCUACUAAAAAGGAACAAUAUUCUGGCCUUAUUGAUGUAGCUGUCAAUUAUGCCAAGAUGAAUUCCGAUAACUUUGAUGAACAAGUGGAUUUGGCUUUUGAUAGAUUACUCGUAGAAUUUGGCAGAGAAAUUUUACAAAUUGUUCCAGGAAGAGUCUCGACAGAAGUUGAUGCCAGACUAUCUUUUGACAAAGAUGCCAGUGUUAAUAAAGCUUUAAAAAUAAUUAAGCUAUACGAAGAAAUAGGUGUACCCAAAGAAAGAGUAUUGAUUAAAUUAGCUUCAACUUGGGAAGGAAUCCUUGCUGCUAAAGAGCUUGAAUCAAAGCAUGGAAUUCAUGUCAAUUGUACUUUGUUAUUCUCUUUUCCCCAAGCUGUCGCGGCUGCAGAAGCUGGCGUCACUUUGAUUUCUCCUUUUGUAGGAAGAAUAAUGGACUGGUAUAAAAACAAAACUGGUAAAACAUAUUCUGGUGAAGAUGACCCUGGUGUCAAAUCUGUAAAGAAAAUUUUCAAUUACUAUAAGAAACAUGGUUAUAAAACAAUUGUUAUGGGUGCCUCUUUUAGAAAUAUCGAAGAAUUGAGAGCUUUAGCUGGUAUUGAUUAUUUAACUAUAUCACCAAAACUACUGGAUGAAUUAUAUAAAAGUAAGGAUCCAAUACCAAAAGUUCUCGAUGUAGAGACUGCAAAAACAUUAGGUGAAGAAAAGGUUUCCUUUAUAGAUGAUGAAUCUUCCUUCCGGUUUGCACUGAACGAGGAUGCAAUGGCAACAGAGAAAUUAUCAGAAGGUAUCAGAUUAUUCUCCAAAGAUGCAGUAACCUUAUUUGAAGAUUUGAAGAAACGGAUUGAAGAAACGGAUUGA